AGGCCUAAACAAUAAAGAAAACAGAUUCUCGGCGGGUAACCCGAAUUCUGCCGGGUAAGAGUUUGGAUCAGGAGAAAGAAGAAGACUUCCAUCAAAACAUUGGCUCCUGCUUCUAUCUGCUCAACGAUCACGAGCUCGAAUCAUGGGGCAGAAAAUGAAUUGAAAAAUUUGAUCUGUAUAUUUAUCGUAAUCGAUCAUACCCAGAUUCUCUGUGAUUGAGAAAAAUGGAGCCUCCUACUUUCCAAGAAGCUCCGCGCUGUGACGUCUGCAAAUGCAGCUUCAACGCUUUCAGGCGACGGCAUCAUUGCCGAUCCUGUGGGCGGACAUUGUGCCACGAACAUUCAGCAAGCCAAAUGGCUCUACCGCAGUUUGGCAUUUACUCACCGGUUAGAGUUUGCAGUGAUUGUUUUAACGGCUCCUCUCGACCUGCCAAAGGUGGUGUACAAGCUUCUUCAGAUGGAACUGAUUCUGUAACAGCUGCAGUUUCUAGAUUGGAUAUUGGUGGGGAUUCAGAUUCAAAGACUAAACCAACUAUACAGUCUCAGCCUGUGUCAGCAGUUAUAGAGUGUAAGUGUGGAAUGCCCUUAUGUAUUUGUGAAGCUCCUGCCCCAUCUGUAGUUGCAGCUCCUAUACAGAGCAAAACCACAUCCGCCCCUGUCCCUCAUUGUCCAAGACCAAAGAAAACAGAAACCGCUGUAAAAACCAAACCUUCAACUUCAAACAGCAAGCACAGUUCUGUCUUCAAUCUCGGUCAAGCGAACAACGGGGUUUCUGAUAAAAAGAUGGAUUACGAAGUCAAUGGGGAGGGCAUGAGAGAAGCUAUAAAGAAUGGUGAUAUUGAUGCUGUGAAGAAGCUUCUGAGUGAGGGUGUUAAUGCUAAUUACCACGACAAACAAGGACUUUCUUUGCUACAUUUAGCAGCAGUCUUUAAUCAAACUGAGAUAGUUUUUGCCCUCAUGGACUCCGGAGGAAGCCUGGACUACAAGAAUGCACAGGGGGAAACGCCACUGGAUUGUGCUCCUGUAACAUUGCAAUACAAGAUGCGGCAGAAGAUGGAAGAAGAUAGACGAGUGUGAGAACUGCGGCUUACUCUACGGGAGAGUGAUUACAAACAUUUAAGCUAGGUGUGCAUGUCGAUCUUUUGAUUCAACUGGAGAGUAUUUUUGACAGACUCUGUUGUAUGAUAGCAGGCCAGAGUUCCCUUACAUUACAAGGCAACAGAAACCGAAACUUUACGCCAUCCGAUUGUGAAAGAAACGUCUUGUUAAAACUUCAUUUUCUGAAUCUGAUUGUAAUGGGCAACUUGAAUAUAAGAUUGUGAAAGUAAAAAAGGGGAUCAGCAUCACCCUAUCCUGGACCUUUAUGCGAAUAUUAAAUAAAUUUUUCUGGUAA